CGCGGCCCGGCCCGGGCUCACGGUCCCACCGGUCCCCGCCGGGCGCAGCGCGAGGACACGCGGGGCCCGGCACACGCCGCCGGCCACCGCUGCCAGCUCCCCGCACUCCGCGAAAGCGCUGCGGGAAGCCCCUCGGGAAAAGCAGCUGCGGCCUGGGUCUCAGCGGUUUCUUUUCCUGGGCUGCGGCUGUUGGAAGGCGGGGAACAAACUGGUUUCCUCGAAACUGCGUUGUGCCUCGUGGCCCAGCGCCUUCAGAGUCCUCCUCAAGUUCGCUCCAUGUAUUACUUGGGGGGCUGAAGUUUGUUCUGUAAAUCGACCUUCUAAGAAAGUUGUUGAAACUCAUACUAUUUUGACUUCCUCUUACGGGUCUGCCGUACUUUCACAUCUCAUCUCUGUAAUUUUUUCACUUCAGAAGGUUAUAUAGCCCUUUGUGAAUGUACAAAAGUUGUGGACCUUCUGUCCCCCAAAAAAGCAGGUUCAUUUUCAAAGAUGCACAUUUUGUAUACAUUCUUAGGGAGUUCAGAACCGCUCCCUUCUACCUCCCACCCACCAGCCCCGUCACAGAUUCAUAGUAGUUUUCCCAACCAUUCCUUGAAGUAGGUAGCAUUCUCCCUGUUUUAGAAACAAGAAAACAGCCCCAGAGAAGUGGAUGAAAGGUUCCAUUUGGUAAGCUGUGUUGUCAGACUUGCCCUGGCAUGUCUGAUUCCAAGUCCGCCUGAUGUUCCUCUGCACCGUGUUGCACUGCACUGUAUGACUUUGAUUUUUAAAAUCUUCCCUCAAACUCUGCGUGCACUCAGCCGGAAAAAACCAUCCCUGUUCCGAGACCAACAUUACUGGCCUGAUACAAGACAAUAUAGCCGGUGGUCAGAAACAGAUCUGCUUCCUGGACACUACCUCCUCCAAAGAAGAAAGCCUGUUCUGUCAUUCCAGGGAGGACAUCUAAAACGUGCCACCUGCCUUGUUUUCUUGCCAGGGUCACAUGUGGGACUCUGCAGUGGCCCCUAUGAGAUGGCUGAGCAACGGUUCUGUGUCGAUUAUGCCAAACGUGGUACAGCUGGCUGCAAAAAAUGCAAGGAAAAGAUUGUGAAGGGUGUUUGCCGAAUUGGUAAAGUGGUGCCCAAUCCCUUCUCAGAGUCUGGGGGUGAUAUGAAAGAAUGGUACCACAUAAAAUGUAUGUUUGAGAAACUGGAGCGGGCCCGGGCCACCACAAAAAAAAUCGAGGACCUCACAGAGCUGGAAGGCUGGGAAGAGCUGGAAGAUAAUGAGAAAGAACAGAUAACCCAGCACAUUGCAGAUCUGUCUUCAAAGGCGGCAAGCACACCAAAGAAGAAAGCUGUUGUCCAGGCUAAAUUGACAACCACCGGCCAGGUAACUUCUCCAGUGAAAGGCGGUUCAUUUGUUACCAGUACCAAUCCCCGGAAAUUUUCUGGCUUUUCAGCCAAGCCCAACAACUCUGAUGGAGCCCCCUCAAACUCUGUCCCUAAGAGAAGUCUGUCUUCAAGCAAAUGUGACCCCAAGCACAAGGACUGUCUGCUUCGGGAGUUUCGGAAGUUGUGCGCCAUGGUGGCUGAUAAUCCUAGCUAUAAUACGAAGACCCAGAUCAUCCAGGACUUCCUGCGGAAAGGCUCAGCAGGAGAUGGUUUCCACGGUGAUGUGUACCUUACGGUGAAGCUGCUGCUGCCGGGUGUCAUUAAAAGUGUUUACAACUUGAAUGAUAAGCAGAUUGUGAAGCUUUUCAGUCGCAUUUUUAACUGCAACCCAGAUGAUAUGGCACGGGACCUAGAGCAGGGUGACGUGUCAGAGACAAUCAGAGUCUUCUUUGAACAGAGCAAGUCUUUCCCCCCAGCUGCCAAGAGCCUCCUUACCAUCCAGGAAGUGGAUGAAUUCCUCCUGCGGCUCUCCAAGCUCACCAAGGAGGAUGAGCAGCAACAGGCCCUGCAGGACAUCGCCUCCAGGUGUACAGCCAAUGACCUUAAGUGCAUCAUCAGGUUGAUCAAACAUGAUCUGAAGAUGAACUCAGGUGCAAAACAUGUGUUGGAUGCCCUUGACCCCAAUGCCUAUGAAGCCUUCAAAGCUUCACGCAACCUGCAGGAUGUGGUGGAGCGCGUCCUUCGCAAUGAGCAGGAAGUGGAGAAAGAGCCUGGCCAGAGACGGGCUCUGAGUGUCCAGGCCUCACUAAUGACACCUGUACAGCCCAUGCUGGCCGAGGCCUGCAAGUCCAUCGAGUACGCGAUGAAGAAAUGUCCCAACGGCAUGUUCUCUGAGAUCAAGUAUGAUGGUGAGCGAGUCCAGGUGCAUAAGAAUGGGGAUCACUUCAGCUACUUCAGCCGUAGUCUCAAGCCUGUCCUGCCCCACAAGGUGGCCCACUUUAAGGACUACAUCCCACAGGCAUUUCCUGGGGGUCACAGCAUGAUCUUGGACUCUGAGGUGCUCCUGAUUGACAACAAAACAGGCAAACCACUGCCCUUUGGGACUCUGGGAGUACACAAGAAAGCUGCCUUCCAAGACGCUAAUGUCUGCCUAUUUGUUUUUGAUUGUAUCUACUUCAAUGAUGUCAGCUUGAUGGACAGGCCUCUGUGUGAGCGGCGAAAGUUUCUUCAUGACAACAUGAUUGAAAUUCCAAACCGGAUCAUGUUCUCAGAAAUGAAGCGAGUCAUGAAAGCUUCAGACUUGGUGGACAUGAUAAACCGAGUCAUCCGGGAGGGAUUGGAAGGGCUGGUGCUGAAAGAUGUGAAGGGUACAUAUGAACCUGGGAAGCGGCACUGGCUGAAAGUGAAGAAAGACUAUUUGAACGAGGGGGCCAUGGCUGACACGGCUGACCUUGUGGUCCUUGGGGCCUUCUAUGGGCAGGGGAACAAAGGUGGCAUGAUGUCAAUCUUCCUCAUGGGCUGCUAUGACCCUAGCAGUCAGAAGUGGUGCACAGUUACCAAGUGUUCAGGAGGCCAUGAUGAUGCCACACUUGCUCGCCUACAGAAGGAACUGGACAUGGUGAAGAUCAGCAAGGAUCCCAGCAAAAUCCCCAGCUGGCUGAAGAUUAACAAGAUCUACUAUCCUGACUUCAUUGUGCCAGACCCAAAGAAGGCUGCCGUGUGGGAAAUCACAGGGGCCGAAUUCUCCAAAUCUGAGGCUCACACUGCUGAUGGGAUCUCUAUCCGGUUCCCUCGCUGUACUCGAAUCCGUGACGAUAAGGACUGGAAAUCUGCCACUAACCUCCCCCAACUCAAGGAACUUUACCAGCUGUCCAAGGAGAAGGCAGACUUCACUGUAGUGGCUGGAGAUGAGGGGAGCUCCACUACAGAGGGCAGCAGUGGAGAGAACAAGGGCACUUCAGGGACUACUGUGCCCCACAAGGCUCCCAGAGCCUCUCCCAGCAAGCCCUCUGCUAGGGCUAAGAAAGCAGAAGGGAAGCUGAGUAACCUCAACAGCAAAGGCGGCAACACACUGACUGCAAAGCCUUCCCCUGGGAAAGCAGGAGAGAAGCUGGCCGUGAAGGUGGGGGAAAAGCGGAAAGCUGCUGACGAGACCCCAUGCGAAGCAAAGGUGAAGGUGCUGCUGGACAUCUUCACUGGGGUGCGGCUCCACUUGCCACCCUCCACGCCGGACUUCAAUCGUCUCAGACGCUACUUUGUGGCAUUUGAUGGGGACCUGGUGCAGGAAUUUGACAUGGCCUCAGCCACACAUGUGCUGGGUAGUGGAGACAAGAACUCCAAGGCCCAACAGGUCUCCCCAGAGUGGAUUUGGGCAUGUAUCCGCAAACGGAGACUAGUAGCUCCCUGCUAGGAUUGCUGCCCUUCGUCUCCCUCAGGCCACACUCUCCAUCGCCACACUGCUGGCAUGGGCUCAGGCAGGAGGCAGGCAGGCAGGCAAACAGGGCAGGGAAGAGGCUGGCUUCUUCAAAACCUACCAAUUCUCCAGGGUCUCUUCUUGACCAGAAAUAAGCUGCUGUGGGAGCCACAAGUGAAGAUCAAUUUCUCUUGCUGGUUUAAAUAGAUCUUUCAGAUCUGGGUGCUGGCUUUGUCAUAUUUUUGUUUUCUUUGAAAAGCUUAGGUUUUCUUUUUUUUAAUAUAAGUAAAAUAUCUUACCGGUAUCUGUCCAUUCCCCACCUACACCCCUACAAAUUCCAUAGUGAUUAAGGAAUAAAGGCUGGGCUAUUGAA